UGCUAAUGGCCGCAUUUCCAAUAACUCCACAUGUAAUUUUCAUUUCUAAUAUCUUCUAUAUCGAUUUCCUAUGUCCAUACCAAAGGUUUUAGUUGUGGCAGAGAAGCCAAAGAUUGCUGAAACGCUGGCUGCUCACUUAUGUACAGAUCAACGCACACUGUUGAAGCGUAAAGGGAUAUCGAACACAUGUAUAACAUGGGAGUGCCGAGGCAAAUUCUUAUCAACUACUGUUGAUUUCAAAGUCACAUCAACUGCUGGACAUAUAUAUUCCGUGGCAUUCGCACCUAGGUACAACUGCUGGAAUUCGACGAAUCCUGUGGAAUUAUUCAAUGGUGAGAUAAUAUUGGAAGAAGCAUCACCGGAUAGCAAGAUACCCCGGCAUCUGGCUUCUGAGGCGAAGGGAUGUAGUUAUUUACUCCUGUGUUUAGAUAAUGAUAGGGAGGGAGAAAACAUAGCCUUUGAAGUUAUACGAGUUUGCCACCAGCACCUAGUAAAAAUAGGAUCCAAACAGAUAUUUCGUGCUCGCUUCUCUGCACUCACCCGUGCUGAUAUUUUACGUGCUGUAGAUAAUCUUUGUGACCCGAAUAAAUUGGAAUCAGAUGCCGUGCGUGCACGUCAAACAAUAGAUUUACGUGUUGGUUGUGCCUUCACCCGCUUCCAAACAACUUUUUUCCAGGGGAAAUACGGUGACUUGGACUCAACGUGCAUAUCCUAUGGUCCUUGUCAAACACCAACACUUUUUUUUUGCGUCGAUCGUUACAAUGCCAUUGCAAGAUUUCAAGAGGAACCAUAUUACAAGCUGAUUUGCGAUAUUUCCUAUGAAGGACAAUAUAUACCUUUUACAUGGAACCGCGGUCGGAUUUUUGAUAAAUCGGUGGCACGUAUUUUCCAACAACUGUUGAUGGGUGCAAAUAAAGGUGUAUUAACUGACAUUGUGACCAAAAGGUCCAUUAAUUCAUCCCCCAAGGCUCUAAACACCGUAACUAUGUUAAAGGAGGCUUCUUCACGGUUUGGAAUGGGACCGCAUAAAACCAUGCAAACGGCAGAACACUUAUACUUAAACGGAUACAUAUCCUAUCCUCGCACAGAAACAGAUUGUUAUCCCACGUCUUUCGACUGGGCAGAAUUAUUGAAAAAACUGCAUACAGUACCUGAAUACACAAAUUUGGUCGACCUUUUGAUGCAGUCCGGGAAUACAUUGGGACCACAGGGUGGACAUGAUGUAGGCGAUCAUCCACCCAUUAUUCCUGUACGUUGUGUAUCGCAAGGUACUUUGACGGGAGAUGACUGGAAACUCUAUGAUCUAAUUGUACGUCACUUCUUAGCUUCAGUUGCAGGCCCAUGCACUACGGAAACUACAACGUAUGAUCUUGAUGUCGGGUCUGAGACAUUCCAAUUUUCAAACACGCGUGUAGUUCGACAGGGAUACACCGCACUUUUACCGAAAUCUCAAAAUUAUGUGAGCAUUGCGUUGAAACUUACGAAAGGGGAAGGAUGUGAUGUGGCCAAAUUUAGAGUCGAGGAAGGGACAACUUCACCUCCACCUUUACUUUCUGAAUCUGAUCUGUUAGACCAUAUGGAAAGCAAGGGGAUAGGGACGGAUGCUUCUAUGGCUACGCAUAUACACAACAUCUUCACACGCAAUUAUGUCCGUUUACUGGGCAAUCGUCGUAUCGAACCCACCAAGCUCGGAAAGGCAUUAGUGGACGGUUAUAUGCAGGUAGAUCCGGAGUUGGUCCUUCCCAGUGUACGAGGUGCCAUUGAAGGCUACUGCAACCUCAUUGCUGAUGGCAAGGCAGAUUGUGAAUCUGUGAUAGAUCACGUUUGUCGAAUGUUCCGUAUGAAAUUCGAGCAUUAUAUAACUAAGAUCGAUUCAAUCAAUACGUUUUUCGAAACGCAGUUUACUCCUAUAGAGGAUUUCGGAGUACCUAUGAGUCGCUGUGGAACAUGUAAUAGGUAUAUGUUAUAUUUGAACCGAGCCCCCGUACGCCUUUUUUGCAAGAAAUGCUCCCAGGAGUAUCCUUUACCACGUGGCGGUACGAUUAAACUUUACAAGGGUAUAAAGUGCCCAUUGGAUAAUUUCGAAUUACUACAAUUCCAGAGCCGUUUACGUGCCUUUUCAUUAUGUCCUAUGUGUUACAACGAUCCCCCUUUCGAGUCCAUUGGAAAUAAAGGGAUGGGAUGCAUUGAUUGUGCACAUCCUACUUGUGCAAAUAGCGCCGACGCACUUACACUCACACGCUGUCCUGGUGAUUGCGAUGGGAUGUUAAUUUUGGACAUAAUCAACGGGGCACCAAACUGGAAGUUUUUUUGCUCAUCAUGCUCUUACAAAUUACAAUUCUCUGACAUUACAAAAAAGGUUGCAAUUAUCACUGGCAAAGAAUGCGAUUCUUGUGAGAGCCAAUUAACCGAAGUAAUACUUAAAGAUGGACGUAAAAUUGAAGGAUGUGUUUUUUGCAAUGAGAGUUUGAAACAGUUGUUGGUUGAUCCGCCAAAGCACACCAAACGUCAUCAUAGACCCCGUCGCAGAGGAAGACGACCACUUCGUUCUCGUUGAGAAUAUCGUAGACUGUUUCAGUAGGGUAACCUAGGGGUUGUAGAUGCGCUAUCUAUUGUAACUAAGCCCUCCGGUAUCGUAUUGUAGUUCAGUCUGCUUCCUUUUCUAAGGCCUCAAGAUCUAGUAUGAGGGGUUCUGCAACAUGUCU